UACAGAUGUGAGGAGCCGAAUUGUGAGUACGUGUGCAUAUAUAAGAAGAGGUUGAAUGAACAUCAGUUGAAGCACAGACAGGUUAAGGACUUCAGCUGCGAUGUUUGCAACAAAAAGUUCAAACACCAGAAAGGCCUACAGAACCACAAAACAACAAUCCAUGAGAACAUUCGUCCAUACAUUUGCGAUAUCUGCGGGCAGGCGUUCGGACAGAAGAGUGACCUGAAGAUGCACAUUGUGAAACAUGAUGAAUCCAAACCUUUCUCUUGUAAUUUGUGCUCCUAUGCUUCGCAAUAUAAAGCGAAUUUGCAGUCACAUUUCUUCAAGGUCCAUGACGUCAUCAUCAACGACAAGAUGCUGGUCUUCAGGUGCGAGCAGUGCAGCUACGUCACGGACAGGAGGUCCAGAUUUAAUGACCACGUCAAAAAGAAGCACGCCAACGUCAUUGACGUUCCCUGCAAGUACUGCAGCAAGAUGUUUGCCACUAAGCAAAAUCUCUACGGGCAUGUAGUUGCGGUUCACAAGCCCAAGUGCUUGAAGUGCAACUACUGCUCCUACUCAACAAGCAGGCCUUACAACCUGAAGAAACACACCAUGAUCAUGCACACGGAUACGCAAAUUAAGGAUUACGAAUGUGUCCUCUGCGGCUUCAGAUCCGCAACGAGCGGAAACUGUAGAAAGCAUAUUCGAAGAUUUCAC